CGGUACAAUAAAUACGAGUUUCAUCUGGACUAAAUUAAAAUAUGAUCAUCAAGAAUCAGACAAAGCUAUAGUACAUGCUAUAAUCCCUGGAAUGAGCUGGCAUAUUGCACCAAAAGGGGAGCAGAGCAAAAAAGGAAGAAUGGAAAAUGAGUUUCUUAGGUUAUGUCAUGUUUUAACCCAGAAUUUUAGGCGAAUUAUCAAAUUUUAAUUAUUGUUAAAAUGACUCUUCGUAUGAGUAAAAUCGGCAGAAAUAUUGUUAGAUACACCUUAGAUUCAGUUUCACCAUUCUCUACAACCAUACCAAAAGUGAAAAAUAAAAAAGGGGAAUUGGUCAUUAGUUGUAAACGUAAUGAGUUGAACCAUUAUAGUUCGGUGCAUUACGGUAAUCUGGAUGAAGUACCUUUAGCUUCAAAAGGUUGGAAUCAUUCGAAAGCUAAAGGAGACUUCUUUACUGUUCUUCCUAGUCAGAAUCAGCCUGAAGAGAACAUGUAUUCCUUCAAUGAUAUGGGAAUACAUAAAAACAUCAUUGAUGUAAUGAAGAAAGAAGGAAUAGAUAAAGCAACAGAAUUCCAGUAUAGGGCCGUUGAAGGUGUUAGAUCAGGGGAUCAUGUCAUGUUAGCGGCUGAAACAGGAUGUGGAAAAACUCUUUCAUAUCUCCUACCUAUUAUUCAUGACUUAUUAGAAAACAAAGCUACAGCUCCGAAUACUCCCAAGGCUGUUAUCAUAGUGCCAAACAGAGAAUUGGCUUACCAGGUAGGAGAAGUUGCUCGAAAUCUCUCUGACAGUGUUGGACUCAUCUCUAAAAUUGUUAUUGGGGGCCGAACAAAAUCGUUGAUGAUGAACCCAGUUUUUGAAGAUAUAGAUAUUCUUGUUGCUACACCAGGAUCCCUUGGAAAACUCUCUACCGUAGGAAUAUAUAAACUAAAUGAGGCCAAAUACACAGUCUUAGAUGAGGCCGAUACAUUGAUGGAUGACAGUUUUGUAGAAAGAAUCUCUUCGCUAAUACGAAGGUUAUCCCAGUCUCAAAUGAUUUUAGUCACAGCAACCUUACCAAGGACUUUCCCAGAAAUACUGGUAUCAUAUGAAAAUUCACUGAGGCAUGUGGUGUCUUCAAAAAUACACAAACCGUUACUCAAUAUAACUCAAAAAUUCCUUAGGCUAACGUUAUCUUCAAGGGCAGCCAAUUUACUCCAGAUGGCAAAAAAAAAUAAAGAUCCCAUGAUUGUAUUCUCAAAUAGAAAUCAGACUUGUAAUUGGGCAGCUCUGUUUCUCAAUGAGAAUGGAGUAAGUUGUGCGAAUAUAAAUGGUGAUAUGCACCAGGCACUUAGAAUAGAACAAUGGAACAAGUUUGUGAGUGGACAGGCUCAAAUACUGUCAGCUACAGAUGUUGGCAGUAGAGGUCUCAACACCAUUCAGGUGAAGCAUGUUAUCAACUACGAUUUUCCCUUGUAUGCUGCCGAUUAUUUGCAUAGAAUAGGAAGAGUAGGAAGAUUGGGUAGUCACAGUUCAUGCAAGGUAACAAACUUUAUCGUCGGCCAAGAGGAAAUAAAACUAGUUCAACAAAUUGAGCUUGCAAUAAGGAGAAACCAACCUCUUGAAAAUGUUGAUGGAAAUAUAACAAAAAUAGUACAAAGGAAAAUAGCUAGGAAAAUGAGUCAAAGUAUUUGAAACUUGAUUAUUUAUUUGUGAAGUACAGUUUAAGUUUUUAA